AAUUUCUUAAUUUUGCGUCAACGGCCAAUGCCGCGCAUACGUUGAGGUUGUUUUUUCGCGGUGGUCUUGGCUGAUUGUGCAUGUGUGUGCGCGGCAUUUCCGUGUUUUUUUCUACAUAUAAUUGAAUGCCGAUCGCGUAUAUGACGCGGUAAAUAUGUGGGAGACGUAAUAUAUUCGUUUUUCGCCGUGCAAUACUAUAGUUAUUCAUGAAAACAGGCAACGCGGCCACGGAGCUACGGACGAAUUUUCAGCCUUUUUCUUUCCUGCACACCUCUUCAUGUCUUGAUGGGCACAUGCUACUCCAGUAAGAGCAAGUCCGCGUCCCAGCCGUACUCGUCUGCUCCCAUGUCGACCUCGUCGUCCCAGGACAGUGCCCUACGCGUCCCGCGGCCUACACCCUACGCCCGGGGAAGCGGCGCCAGUGCCGGGGCACCCGCCGAGGCCACCUUCAAGCGAUGCAUCCCGCCGCCGACAAAAUAUCGCGCCGCCCAGGUGGCCGAGAAGCACCCCUCCAAUCUCGCUCGUCUUGCCAGGUCCGCCAAUCCGCCACCACCUUUGGACACUCCGACGGGGAGGGGAGGCAGGAGGAGAGGCACAAACGACAACACGGACAACACAAGUUUGAACAACAACAACAACAACAACAAUUUUGUGGAGGGAAAUCCGGUCCGUGACUUCACGGCCUUCAAGAGAGAAGUCCUUGACAGGGCGACGGUGGACGCGGCGAACAACCUUCUGGAGUCUGGCACCGAAGAGUCUUCUCGGGAAGGCGGUGCCGACGACGGUGACGAGGUCCGGAUACAGUACGGCACGACCAAGAUACCGACCAAGAUCACGGCACACUUGAGCGGCCUGCCCAAACCGCAGGUGGCAGUUGUCACGAACCGGGUUGCGCCAGUGCCACCGCCACCGACGCGGAAUGUCAACGAGAAGACCAAGACUUCACCAAUCGGAAACCUGAGUGUGGAGAAGGGCGUGCAUCGUGUUUCGCCAGACAAGGAGAGCAUUUCGGACAGGAGCCACAGCGGGGACAGCACGGACUACGACUCCGGACUGGGGCACUCGCUCAGCGACCACCUGGCGAGCAUUGAGCACUGCGGGAAGAGGCGGAGCAGCAGCAUGGCGCUGCAUGAAGAGUGCUCCCCCGAGCUCGAGAGGUCGGAUGAAGCGGUUGAUGGCGAGAGGCUUCCAGUGUCUACGGUGUCCAAGCCGUUGCCCGGGGACCGGAAGGCGUCGGUUGACGGCGCAGCGCCGAAGACGGGGGUCUACGACCAGCCCGACUCGUACGCAGCCUACAGGGGCAUCCUGUCCUACCGGCGCAUUCCGCCGCUGAAGAAGUGCGUGGAGCAGCCACAGUGGAAGUCGCUCGGGGAACAGAAGGACUCAAAGCCACGCGACAGUCCGACAAGGGCGGUGAUCGCGAAAGGGAUCCUGACGAAGGGAGCCAAGUCGGUUCACAGCGCGACGAAGGAACGCGAGUCUGGCGACGUAUUGACCGCCAAGGGCGUGCCCUCGGCCCAGCUCGCCGCCACCAAAGAGGAGAGGGAGACGCAGCAGGAGGGACCGGGCUUUCUGAGCCCAUCUUCAGAUGGGUUCCUGAUCGACGACGACAUUGCGGAUCAGCCGGGACUCAUUGCCCUCGAGAGGACGAAGGGAAGGGCGGCCCCAUCCGUAAAGCGGUCCAUCUUCGAGCUGCACGCGCUGCAGUCCUUCAGUGGGCGGCAGGGCAGGCCGGAUAGGAGCUCCUUCGACGACCACCAUCCCCUCUGCUCGGACCACGGAUCCUCGUGCUCGAGCCUGGGCUCGGACGAUCUCAUGCUGGACUUUGACGGACCUUCCAAAGAUGGAAACGAAGCGACUUCUUCUCCCGGCGUCAAAUACCCGUCAACAACACCGUUGAGGAGACUGUCACGUGGCGUGGCUUCCCAUCAUGCUGAGAAGAGGAAUUCUUGGGAGAGCAACCAUUCGGACGAGGGGGUUUCCUUGCGGAGGGCCUCCGAGUCCGUGGCGUCCCGGUGGACCCCGAAAACCCCCCUGACGGGCCCCGAGGGCCGGCCCCGCACCAUCAGCCUGCCGUUGCGGCCCCCGCGCCAGAUGGUGAUGCAGGAGUGCGACGACGGGGGCAUCAAGCUGGACUCAUCCUCGUACCGCUCCGUCUGCCAGGACCUGAACGGCGUCAAGACCAUGCUGCUCAAGCUCAAGCGGGUGCUGCAGGACGCAGAAACUUUGAAUCCAUUUGAUGUCACUAACACCAAGAACUUCUUUUACCAUGCCUUGGCAAAUAGUGACCCACCAGCAGGCUUCACCAGCACUCCAACUGGAGAUACUCCAGAGUUUCACCACAUGGAUGCAAGCGAACUUCUCCAGGAAAACAUUGACCUGAAGAGGCAGCUAAUUUUGAGGCAGCAGCAGUUGGAAGACAAGGAUCGCACGAUUCAUCUACUGCAGCAACAAAUGACCAAAUACAUGAACAUAGCAAGCACGGAGAAAGAACCAGGGAGGGCCAAUGCCGCCGUUCAGACCGAAAGGCCAAAAUUCCUCCAGAACGUUUCAUCUUCUUCCGACGACUCCUCUUCGGGGCGCUUAGUGAGUUCUAAAAUGAAGAGCAGCUUCGAGGAGCACCUUAAGACAAAUUCUGUUUGCCAUGCAAGCUUCCAGAACAAGAUUGAGGACGUCUCCAAGUCCCUGUGCAACAUCACUCAGGCACUACGCCUGCACAGCUCUAAGCCCCGCCAAUUGAACAGGUCGCGCUCCAAUUGGGAGCUGCUCUCUUGAUGUGACGGUUGUGUGUAGUUUGGGAUCAAAACAGCGGGAGUUGCGCACCACCAUUCAUUGUCUGCACAUUGGCCGUGUCGUGAAACGGGUGUCUUGUUUUUACUUUUUGUUUUUGUAGAGGUUGAUUGUGUACGGUUGACAACAGAUAUUUGUCGAAGCAUGCCGCUUGGUUGCGUUUGCAUGUUAAUAUUGCCAUUUUUAUUAUUAUUUUAUUUGUCAAGCUGGGGGGGGGGGGGGGGGGGGGGGGGGCACGCGGGUCACGAGCCGUUUGGGCUGGGGUUUGUACCGAGAUGAAGUGUUAGUGAAAAGUGUGAAUCUGUGAAUACAGCUGGGUGACGUAAGCAGCUGGGGGAAUCGAGCGGUGGUUUGUUUUCUCGAUCUGCUGAGGUUCCCUCAAUUCCAGUGUGCUAGCUUUGACUGUCUGUCUGGUCCCGCGUGUUUGGUGUAGAACUGAGUCCCCCUGCAGAGGAUUUGGACGUCUAGCCAAAGUUUGAAGCUAGAGCCUCAAAGGCCUUAUGCAACAGCCGGUGUUUGUGUAUCACACUGUAUGAUAUGUGCAUCUGUAGAUAGCUUUUUUGAUUCUUUUUUGGGUGUGUUGUAAGGACUGCUUAGGAAAACCUGCGUAUUUAUAUAUCAAACAUAGGGUUAUGGUCUUAGAAAGAAGUCUUGUCACUUUUAUUUUGUCAUUGCCUCUUGUUUUCUUCUGUUCGUAUAUGGCUAAUAACUUCAGUGUUUUUCCUGUAGUUUUACGACAUUCACUUUUAUCCUUCAGCUAUUUUAAUCUUUAAUACUUGCUGUGCAUCAGUGGUAAAAUGCUACUGGGGAAAAGGGAAUGACACUGCUGUAUACUUGACUUUGGCACAUUUUGUUUUUGCAGCAUUUGCAAUCAGCUUAUAAGCCUAUAUUUUUUAUGUUGAAGUGCUGUAACAGACGGUGUAUUCACGGGCUCAGUUCUUCACAAAUUUGCAUGUUCUUUUCGUUGUCAUGUUUUUCAAGAACUGAAUUUUAUGACAGAAAUCAAUUGGUUCAUUUGCCCAUUGUAUUAGCGAUCUAUCCAUAUGAUCGCAUAUUCAGGGCUGUGAAUAAAUUAAUGCAAAUUAAAUCGCUGCAAAAUAUAAGUUGUUCACACUUCAUUUCAAGUUUUUUUUUUUUUUUUUUUACUUCCUACAACAUGUAUUGAACAUGCACACUUUCAGGGCACCCUAAGAGUUUAUUUUUGUACUUUUGUGUGUCCGAGACGUGGAAUGAAUUGUUACUAUUUUGAUUUUACUGCUACUUGCACUUUCUUUGUGGGAAUAGUUUUGCAGGUUCUUUUCUACCUUCCCAUUUAAAGGCCAAACUUGUUCUGUUCAAAAAGUUGCUUUUUUAUGUGUGCAAUUAUAAAAUUGUGGGUGGUUUUGGCUUAUUUUUAAUUUUGUAAUGUAGUUUCCUUUCUUACAUUUUCUAAUUACAGUGGAGAAUUCACUAUACCCCCUGGGCAAUGAAGUUUAGUUUGACAGGUGGUGCCACCUUAUGCUGGAUUUGCUCGUAACUCCGAGACGGCCCGGGGGCCACAAUCAUUUGACCCAAUCCCAAAAGGAUAUUUACAUUGAUAAUUGUGAAGUUGUCUGUUGCAGAAGAAAUGUAGACUACUUCAAAUCUCUCACACCCUGUGAUCUAAAGUUACACUUUAUCUCCACAUAAUGGAUGUGUGAAAUUGGCCAGAAAAAUCGGCUUCUGCACAUAGCAAUCACAAAUUUUAAUCAAUGUGCAUUAGUAGUGCAUUUUAUGUCCCAAAAUUUUAAGGCAUAACUUUGUUCCUGUAAAAAAUGAGACCGACGAACUUGCCAGGGUCAGUGGCGAGCAUGUUCGCAGAUGACCAGAUCAUUGAUGGUUGUACUUAUGGCGCCUUCUACAAUAGGCACAGCAAGCAGACGACGCACUUCAUUGUCUGCUUACAUUCAUCGCUAACUCGGCUGUCUGCACACAUCCACCACAUAAAUGCACAUUCUGUGAAAGUUUGAACUUUCUGUGUGCAGUCACCGGUUUUUCCGCUUCAUUUUACAGUGUAAGAAACAGUUUGCAUAAGCUACACGUGAACAGUCAUUUGUCAAAUAUCGAAAUUAAUGAUUUUAUUAUGUAGCAGUUAUUUUUCUCCAGAGAGGGCUUGUGAUGAAAAUAUAAAGCUGAUAGUAUGCCCAGGCAUUUGAAAACACAAACAAUAUUUUUUUUUUUUUUUUUUUGCUGGCUGUACGAUUGA